ACAAGUUGACAGGCAACUCUUCGUUUUCUCUUCGUAUUUAUUUGAUUCUCUCGUAUUACUCUAUAGUGUAAGAGCAAUUAUCCCAGUCUAAUUUCUAUUUCAAUUUAUCUUGUAAAAUUUGUAUGAGCAUAUAACAGGCAUCUAUCUAAUUAGAUUAAAAGGAACUAUGUUCUUGUAUACUAAUUGAUAAGCGCAAAAAGAAACAAUAUCACAAAUUGCCAGCUUGUCAGGACAAAAAUUAGUAGACACAAAUCUAUACAUAACUGUAUCUAUACACAAUGUAUAGAUACCCAAAAAAAUGUCCGUCCAACUUUUCUUCAAGUUUAGAACAGUAUAUAAUCGUAAAGCUUUAUCGGACAUCUCAUAAUCACUUUCGUAAAACUCUGACUCUUCCACUAUUCUUUACACAAUAUAUAAUACUGUUCUAUUUUUUGAAUAUUCUACGAUUAUUAUUAUUAUCGCGCAGUAUGUCUCAAGAGAUAAUGAAAGAUUCAUUUGAUUAUUGUGAUUCACCAUUACUAGCCCCCAACGAUGGCCGACCUAAUGAUGAAAAAAUAAUAAACUGAAUUUAUUAUUAACUAAUACUGAACGCAUCGAUAAAAAUGUUUUAAAAUUAGAUCAAAUAAUAGAUAUGCUAGUAUCGAAACAAACAAUAAUAGAAAUUAACAUUAAGUAGUAUAAAUACCGAUUAUGUAAACACACGAGAAAUUAUUGAUAAGACCGAAACAUCAUGUUCCAAAAUAUUAAGUAUUAUUGAAGAACGAGCCCUAUCUUAUGAGUAUGCAAUUGUAGAUGCGGCACAACAAAUUCAAACAGUUACGGAAAAGGUACCAGCAUUAACAAUUACAAAUCCAACAACACAAGAACGUUAUCAAGUAUAUACGGAAAAAUACAAUCGUGCCAAGAAUGCUGCAGAAACUGAAUUGUUAACUGGAGAGAAGGAAUUUAAUCAUUUGUUAUCCUUUUUAUUCGGUGCCAUAUUUUCUAAUAAAGAAGUGAGUUCCAUUCAUGGCACAGUAAAAGGAACAAAACCAUUAUGCCCACAACGUGUUCAUGCAAUUGACCAACAUAUGUAUAAUAUUUAUAGUCAACGAUAUAGCACGUAUGAACAAACAAAAAAGUUUAAAGAUACCAUAAAUAAAAAAUGUUGUCGAUUACGUGCUAGAGUAUUAGAUACGACUACCGGAAUAUUUGACUCGAUUCAUCAUAUCGUUCCUUGA